AUGGCUUCUCAUGCUGAAAUUGCUUCCUCGUUCAUAGAGGGAGCCCCGCCAGGCGAGCUUAAAGAUGUUGUUGCCGGUAAAAGCUACGGUUACUCUGAUCGAUACGUUGCAAUCAAUUCUAACCAUCCGCUGAAACCAGACAUCAAGGCGUUGACCUCUCCCGGCACUAACUUCAUCCCCUCCCUCGAGCCGGCAUUCAGGAAGUACAACGAGACCCAGCUUACGACAGUGAAGCUGGCCGGAAGUAGUCGAGAGGUCAUCGUCAGUGCAUAUAAUAAACUUGAAGACGGUCGAUAUUUCGAUGUAGAAAACCAGACAUCCUUCGACUUUGACCAUGUUUCACAAACAGCCUCCAAUCCUCGAUCAUACACCCUAGAAUCUCAGAAUGCAGAACUCAUAAAAUCCUACCUAAAACACCUUUCUUCGCAUGCAGCCGAACAUUAUCCAAACAGCUCAUACGGCGUCUAUCCUUCCCAGGACGAUUCCUCCAUCGCCAUUCUUCUAGUUGCGAAUAAAUACUCUCCAAACAACUUCUGGAAUGGGCGGUACCGCGCCAUAUACAACCUGCUAGUGUCCUCUCCAUGUACGAUCACUGGCACAAUCCACGUGGACGUACACUACUAUGAAGACGGGAACGUUUCUCUAAACAACAAGAAGCCGGUGUCGAUCUCGAUACCCUCGGCGUCCCCAGCCGAAACCGUAGUCAAACGCAUUGCUACCGCAGAGCGAGAGCACCAGGAAGAACUGAACGAUGCGUUCAACCGGCUGUCUGAGGGUGCGUUCAAGGGACUGCGUCGACAGCUCCCCAUCACACGGCAGAAAGUUGAAUGGGAGAAGAUUGGUGGAUAUAGGCUUGGGAAAGACAUAUCUGGCAGUACAAGGUACUGA